AUGGGUGGUGCUCCACCCAAACUUGCCUCUCUCUCCUUCCAACUCAUCAACAUCAAGUCCCUCAUCCCUUUCAACCUCGAGUUCCAUCCCUCCAACUACUCAAAGUGGCGCGAGCUCUUUUUUGUUGCUCUCCGCCGUUUCAACCUCAUGCACCAUGUUGACGGCAAGCCAAAUUCGACCCAGGAGGCUGACUGGGAUCAAAACGAUUCCAUGAUAGUGUCUUGGAUCUACAGCUCUAUCUCAGAUGAGGUUCUCGGCCACAUCCUCACCCCUGGCACUUCGACUCAGGCACUAUGGUCCGCCAUCGAGUCAUUGUACCGUGACAACAAGCAAGCUCGCAUCCUGUCUCUGGAGACCGAGCUUCACAACACAUCACAAGGUGACAUGGCUAUCAUGGCCUACUGUCAGCGCAUGAAGUCCAUUGUUGAUUCUCUCUCUGAUCUCGGUUAG